AAACAUCGAGGGAAUAUUCAGAACUUAACAGCAAACUACUAAAAAAGUGGAAAAGGGGUAUUCAGUAAAUGUAUUAUUGAAAUUAUUGUUAUUAUGUAUUAUAAUACAUUAUAUCACAGCACUGUGCUGCUCUCUGACUGGUUGCUAGGUGAUUUUGGAAUCUUGAAUUAUGGGAUGUUGGCAGAACUGUGAUGUCACUGUGAGGCAUAAAUCCUACAGGAGUGACGGAAUGUGUUCAGAAACUUCGCAGUCACAGUGUAGUUCAGUCGUGUUAGUUUAGUGUUGCGAUGUUUAAUCAGCGAGAGUUUAACUCUGACCGUCCACGGUCAAACUUUCGGUCCCAGCGGGCUAAAGACCACCCUGCCCAGCUGCCAUUGGUGCGUUCUGGACCUCCAGCACCAGUGAAGAACCGUCAGUAUGUUCCUCAGGCCCAGCGGAACUUGAAGAUCAACCCAGAGCUCAGGAGCUCGGGAACUGGCCCUGGUUACGCUGCAGAGCUUAAGACAUAUGUUCCACCGAAGGAGAAGAUAAAGUAUGAGCACGAGUUUCUGCUGAGCUUCCGAUUCAGCAGUGCCAGCUUACAGAAACCUGAUGGACUGCUAUUUAUUCCCGGGGUUGUGCUGGACAAGCCAAACCAAUCUUCAUCCCCGUUCUUGGACUCCACUUUGCAGAAGAAAAAAUCCCACAAAGAGCCAUGUAGAGUCCUCCCAGACGUGUUCCAGGAGGAUGUCCAACUCAACCAGGCAGCGAAUGCGUGGAGGCCGGGACUGAAGAAGGCCAGUGAACGGGCAGAAGAAAAGAAGGAUGAUCCAGAGGCAAAGAAGACGCAGGAGAUGUUGGGAUGUUUCCGAAGCAUCCUCAACAAACUCACCCCUCAGAUGUUCGAUAGGCUGAUUCAGCGGGUGAACGAGCUGGCCAUCGACAGUGAGGAGCGUCUGAAGGGUGUCAUCGACCUCGUUUUCGAAAAAGCCAUCAGAGAACCUCACUUCUCUGAGACUUAUGCGAAAAUGUGCCACUGCCUCGUAGAUCUAAAAGUGCCGACCUCUGACAAUCCAGCGGUUACUGCAGAAUUCCGGACUCUGCUGCUCCGCUGCUGCCAGAAAGAGUUCCAGAAGAACAAGGACGACGACGAGAUCAUCGCAGCAAAGCGGAAGCAGCUGGAUGCAGCGACAGAGACUGAAGAGCGACAGCGGUUAAAGGAGGAGCUGGAGCAGGCUGAAAACAAGGCCCGUCGACGUUCUCUCGGCAACAUCAAGUUGAUUGGAGAACUAUUUAAAUUAAAAAUGUUGGCAGACUCCAUUAUUCACAAGUGCAUUGCCAAGCUCCUGAACGACAACGCUGAAGAGAGCUUGGAAUGCCUCAGCAAACUGCUGUCGACUAUCGGCAAAGGCAUCGAUGAGAGGGACAAGACUCUUAUGGAUCAAUAUGUCAUCAAAAUAGACAACAUUAUAAGGGCAAGAAAAUCGUCCACUAGGAUCCGAUUCAUGCUGCAGGACGUUUUAGAUCUGAGACGGAAUAAAUGGGUCCCAAGGAGGGCUGAUCUGGGCCCUAAAAUGAUAGCUCAAAUCCACGAAGAGGCCAAACUGGAGAAUCAGGAGCAAGUCAAGCAGCAGUUUUGGCCAAAGAGAGACUGGACCUGUGGACCCAAAAACACCAACAUCACCAAGCCUGAGGAGAGAAGAAAGUACAGCCUGGUGUUUACACAGAUCCCCCAGGCUGUAAAACAGAGCACUGAGGGACCCGUGGGAAUUCCAAAAAUUCCAGACAUCGAGGUGGAAGAGGCUGUACCUGAAACUCCAUCUGUGCCGGAGAGCGCCCCCUCUGCUCUGGAGCUAAAGGAAGAAAUCACUACAGAAGCAGAGGAUGAACUCCCCGAGGAGGCGAUUACACCAGUAAUUCAAGAAGUAGAUCAGACCCCGCUUACUGCUCCAGUAGACCUGACGGUGACUGUAGAGCCAGAAGCCAUUGAGGAGACAGUGGUCUACACUGAUGACGUGAUGCCUCAACCUGAAUCACUAUCUGUGCCGGAGAGCGCCCCCUCUGCUCUGGAGCUAAUGGAAGAAAUCACUACAGAAGCAGAGGAUAUACUUCCUGAGGAGACAAUUACACCAGUAAUUCAAGAAGUAGAUCAGACCCCGCCUUCUGCUCCAGUGGACCUGACGGUGACUGUAGAGCCAGAGACAAUUCAGGAGACGGUGGUCUACACUGAUGACGUGAUGCAUCAACCUGAAUCACUAUCUGUGCCGGAGAGCGCCCCCUCUGCUCUGGAGCUAAUGGAGAAAAUCACUACAGAAGCAGAGGAUAUACUUCCUGAGGAGACAAUUACACCAGUAAUUCAAGAAGUAGAUCAGACCCCGCUUACUGCUCCAGUAGACCUGACGGUGACUGUAGAGCCAGAAGCCAUUGAGGAGACGGUGGUCUACACUGAUGACGUGAUGCCGGAUGGCGUCAGUUCCGUUCCAGAGAGCAACUCAACUGCUCCUGAGUCCAGCGGAAUUCCAUACAAGACAUUGAUCAGCGGCGGCUUAAUCCUAACCGGCCUUUGCUGUUCUGGUCUCCUAAUUUAUCAUGGAGCAAAAUGGUUAUUAAAAGGACUGUAAAGAGUUCUGCAGCUCAGAAUCAUAUUUUAUCAGUGGUGUGCAGUGAGGUCCCUUCUAGCCCUUCUGAGAUUAUGGGUGACAAUAAAUGCAUGUAAAUAAUUACACAA